AUGAAAUCUGCUAUUCUUUUGGCAUAUUUUGCCCUCCCCUGGGCCUUUGCCACCCCCCAGCAUGCUAUCGACUCUCCUCACUGGAAGCCCGCGGGUCCAAAUGACUUUCGAGGACCUUGCCCUAUGAUGAAUACCCUCGCAAACCACGGAUAUCUGCCUCAUGACGGGAAAGGCCUCACCAAAGAGGUCGUAACAAAUGCUUUGAAGUCGGGCCUUAACUUCAAUACUUCUCUGGGAAACUUGAUGUUUGAAAUGGCCAUAGUAGUUAAUCCGGAGCCCAAUGCUACAUUUUUCACAUUGGAUCAACUCAACCGCCACAACGUUCUAGAACAUGAUGCUAGCCUAAGUCGCUCUGACGCCUACUUCGGAAACAACCAUGUGUUCAACCAGACCAUCUUCGAUGAAUCCCGCGCCUACUGGACUGCUCCCAUUCUAGACGCUAAAAUGCUUGCAAAUAGCAAAAUAGCUCGUCAAGUCAGCUCUAGAGCUUCCAACCCAAACUAUACUUUUACAACUAAAACAGAGGCUUUCAGUGUGGGAGAGGUUUCUGCUCCCAUCAUUGUGUUCGGGGACAUGGAUACUGGGGUUGUCAAUCGGUCUUUGGUUGAAUACUUUUUUGAGAACGAGCGCCUACCUACCGAAUUGGGCUGGACUAAAAAGGCAGAUCCCAUUAGUCUUGACAAGAUCACUCAGAUGUCACAGUUAAUUACCAACGCAACGAGUCUUUUAACCGGUUCUGUUGACAUCAAGGCGUUGAAAGUUAGAGACCUCCACUCUGGCUUUAUUCCACACGGGGAGCACUAG